AUGUUAAACAAUGCCAGCGGUUGUGACUUGCAUCUAAAGUGGCCAAUCAGAACUGCAUCUGGUCAGCUCAAUUUUGCAGAUGGUCGAGAAUCGAUUGCAGAAGACUACCGAUGCAUAUGCAAGAGUGGCCACUUCUAUUUCUACUUUCUUUCCUUCUUUUUUCUUUAUUUUACUCUAUUUUUUUCUUUCUGUCUUUUUACUUCACAUUUUUUCUUUUUUUUACUCCAUUCUUUAUUUUUUUUCUUUAUUUUGAUUUCGUUCUACUUUCUUUCUUUCCUUCUUUUUUUUUAUAUUUUGUCCUUUCUGUCUUUCCUUUUGGCCAAUUUUCUUCCUUUCUUUUUACCUCACUUUUUUCUUUCUUUCUUUCUUUCUUUCUUUCUUUCUUUCUUUCUUUCUUUCUUUUAUAUUUUUGUCUUUUCUAUCAUUCCUUCUUUCUUUUUUCUUUCUUUCUUUGGUUCAUUUCCUUCUUUUUUUCAUCAAUUUCUUUCUUUCAUUAGAUCUAUUUUGUCUCUGUUCGUCUUUUGUUUUUUUUUUCGUUUCUUUCUUUCUUUCUUUCUUUCUUCCUGUCUUUCUUUCUUUAUUUAUUUAUUUCUGUCAGUCUUUUUAUUUUCGUUUCUUUCUUUCUUUCUUCCUGUCUUUCUUUCUUUCUUUCUUUAUUUAUUUCUGUCAGUCUUCUUUUCUUUCUUUUUUCUUUCUUUCUUUCUUUCUUUCUUUCUUUCUUUCUUUCUUUCUUUCUUUUAUCCAUUUUCCUUUCCGUUUAUAUUUUAUUGGCUUCAUUCUUUCAAUAUUUAUCUCCUUCUUUUCAUUCUUUUUGCAUUCUUCUCCAUUCCUUUCUUUCUCUAUAUAUUGUUUUUCUUGUUCUUUCUUUCAUUUUCCUUUCUUCUUCUUCCCCCCCUCUCCUGUAUCUUUUACAUUCUCUUUCCUUCUUUUUAUCCAAACCCAUUCUUUCUUUUUCCACUAAUCAGUGUGUCACCUUUCUUCUUCUUCUUCUUCUUCUUCUUCUUCUUCUUCUUCUUCUUCUUCUUUUCGCCUUAUCUAUCUUUCUAUCUAUCUAUCUAUCUAUCUAUCUAUCCUUUACUAUCUAAGUCUAUUCUUUACUAUCUAUCUAUCUAUCUAUCUAUCUAUCUAUCUAUCUAUCUAUCUAUCUAUCUACUUAAGUCUGUUCCUAUCUAUCUAUCUAUCUAUCUAUCUAAGUCUAUUAUCUAUCUAUCUAUCUAUCUAUCUAUCUAUCUAUCUAUCUACUUAAGUCUGUUCCUAUCUAUCUAUCUAUCUAUCUAUCUAUCUAAGUCUAUUAUUAUCUAUCUAUCUAUCUAUCUAUCUAUCUAUCUAUCUAUCUAUCUAUCUAUCUACUUAAGUCUGUUCCAAUCUAUCUAUCUAUCUAUCUAUCUAUCUAAAGUGAUUUCUUACCAUUACAAUCAGAUAAUUUCUGUCUAUCUAUCUAUCUAUCUAUCUAUCUAUCUAUCUAUCUAUCUAUCUAUCUAUGUCUGUCAAUAUCUAUCUAUCUAUCUAUCUAUCUAUCUAUCUAUCUAUAUAUAUAUAUAUAUAUAUAUGUCUGUUAAUAUGUAUCUAUCAAUCUCUUAUCUAUCUAAGUCUGUUAGUAUCUAUCUAUCUAUCUAUCUAUCUAUCUAUCUAUCUAUCUAUAUAUAUAUAUAUAUAUAUAUAUGUCUGUUAAUAUCUCUCUAUCUCUCUAAGUCUGUAUGUAUGUAUGCAUGUAUGUCUGUAUGUAUGCAUCAUCUAUCUAUCUAUCUAUCUAUCUAUCUUUCUAUCUAUCACUUUUUUGUUCUUCUCUCUCUUGAUUGCCUCAUUGAAAUAACUUCGUCGCCUUUGGCUGUCCAUACUUCCUCGUUCGCCCGUUCAUCAAUCUCGCGUCCUGUUUCUCGUUCCUCCCUUCCUGGUGCCGUCAAUCUGAGACCAAGACAGAUGUUCACUGAUAUUCUGUCUUCAAGUCCUUAUAAUUUACUUAUAGAGACCCCGUGUCUUGAUUUCUGA